UUUUGGUGUCUUUCAGUUGGCGUCGAGCAUUUCCUUAAGGCAAACGCGGCUCUGAUUUUCCCUCCGCAGUUUUUCCGUUCAGCGCGUCAAGAACAUACAUACAAGAAUAUUUCGAGUUUAUCCCCGAACAAAAUCGUGCACAGUGCUUAAUAUUCAGUCUUGAUCAUGGCUCUGGUGGCCCAUCGCAUGAUGCUGCCCGCUCGGCGGCGUCGCACCCAUCAGCAGGUGGCCCGAAAUAAGGUCGGAGUCCUGCUGGUGCCCAGCGUGGCGGAGUACUGCGGCAACGAGCAGCUUCAGCUGCAGCCGCAGCAUCUGCCAAUAGCCCCCGCAGCCACCCAGCUGCAACAGCCUUCGGAGCAGCAGGACGCUGAAAGCGGCAGCGGAAAAGUGAGUGCAACAAGUAUGUGCAACGCUCUCAGAUUUGGCUAGUCUCCAUUGCAUGCAUAACGGAACGGGAAAGGGAUU